GGGUGUCAGCACUAAGCGCUACAUUCCUUUACACACGCGCGCGAACACACACACACACACGUGUGUGUAUAUAAUAAAGACACGCGUGUGGAGGGAAAGUCUCUCUGGCCGGACUGCGCGUAUCCUAAACUUCAUCAGACACUUCACAGCGCCGGUACAACGGAAGGGAACCGCACAUUUUGAAAUGCCUGGUGAGCGAUUAACAGCGAGGAACAUGGCAGAUGUGGGCCGCUUCCACGGUGCCGCACCGCCCACGAGGGUGGAGCUGACAAUUCACAAGGAUGAGGAGAAGAAGCAGGAGGAAGGGGGCUGUCGCCGUUGGUUUAGAAAAAUGUGCCCAUGUUGCUGUAAGCAGCAGAGCAGCAACACCUAUGACAUCACAGAUAAGGUGGAGGUGGUGAAACCCCCGGCCCCGGCCCUCCCCAAACCUGAACCUCAGAAAUGGGACCACAAUGAAAUGGAGGACAUGAUGCUGUUGGUCCAUUCUGUGGACCUGCUGAGCUCCCAGACGGGUCAGAACCGACAGGAGCACCACACCGACCUUUUCCACGGGGACGAGCUGAUCAUCCGCCGAGGUCAAACCUUUCAGAUGGAGCUGGAGCUCAACCGGCCCUUCAGCGCCGACACAGACAAGCUGCAUCUGGAUUUCAGGACAGGUCCCUUGCCCAUGGUGUCAAAGGGUACCCAUAUCACCGUGCCACUGGUAAAUGAGCUAAUGGACGAAGGUUGGGAGGCCAAGAUUGUUGAGCAGAACGGCAACAAGAUCAAGCUGUCCAUCAACUCACCCGCCAAAGCCGUGAUUGGCCUGUAUGGACUCUCCGUGACCACACAACCCCAGAAAGGAGGGCCAGCCAGCACCCACAACUCCAGCAAGGACCUCGUCAUGCUGUUCAACCCUUGGUGUGAAGAGGACAUAGUGUUCCUGGAUGAUGAGGAGGAGAGGAAGGAGUAUGUACUGAACGACACUGGGAGGCUCUACUAUGGCACAGAGAAACAAAUUGGUGCUCGCACCUGGAACUUUGGACAGUUCCAUGAGGGGAUCCUGCAGGCGUGUCUGUUUGUCCUUGAGAAGAGUGAGAUGCCUCCGUCCGGUCGGUCGGAUCCAGUCAAUGUGGUCAGGGUCCUCUCUGCCAUGAUAAAUGCACAAGAUGACUUGGGAGUGCUGGCUGGGAACUGGUCUGGAGAUUACUCAGAGGGGGUUUCUCCAACAGCCUGGAGUGGCAGUGUGGAGAUUCUCAGGAAGUACCACGCCGCUAAUGGGACUCCUGUAAAUUAUGGACAGUGUUGGGUGUUCUCCGGGGUCACUACGACAGUGCUCAGGUGUCUUGGCAUACCUGCCCGCAGUGUAACCAACUUUCAGUCCGCCCACGACACCGAUGUGUCCCUCACCACAGAUGUAUAUUUCAGUGAAGAUUUGGAACCAAUUGAGGAGCUCAACCGUGACUCUGUGUGGAACUUCCAUGUCUGGAAUGACUGCUGGAUGGCCAGACCAGACCUGCCCCCUGGUAAUGGAGGUUGGCAGGCCGUGGACUCCACCCCGCAGGAGACCAGCCAGGGAACUUUCCGCUGUGGCCCUGCCUCCGUCAACGCCAUCCGCUCCGGCCAGGUCUACCUCAAACACGACACACCCUUCGUUUUUGCCGAGGUGAACAGUGACAAGAUCUACUGGCAGAGGAACGUGGAUGGGACCUUCAGACAGUUCCACAGUGAGAGGAAAGCUGUCGGACACAACAUCAGCACCAAGGCUGUGGGCUCCGAUGAGAGGAACGACAUCACACACCUCUACAAGCAUCUAGAAGGUUCAGAAGAGGAGCGCAUUACUGUGGAGACGGCCAGUCGCUAUGGCAGCAAGCCAGAUGUGUACUGCACUCCCAUGGCAGAGGAUGUGAGCGUGAAUGUGAAGAUGGAUGGCGAGGGGCCCAGGAUGGGCACCGAUGCUCAGCUGACCAUCGAGGUGAAGAACCUGAGCUCACAGCCCCGCCGAACGACACUGCACAGCCAGGUGGCUGUCAUGUACUACACUGGUGUAUUGAAGGGCACUUUCAAGAAGGACAAGAUACCUGUGGAGCUUAUGCCCAAUGAAGUGAAGACCAUCAACUGGGUACUGCCCUACCAGCAGUACCAAGACCAGCUAGUGGACCAAGCAGCCCUGAUGCUGACCCUGUCUGGAAAGGUCUCUGAGACCAAGCAAGUCCUAGCAAACCAGACCACAUUCAGACUCCGCACACCUGAUCUCAGCAUCAAGCCUUUGGGAGAUGCUAUAGUGGGUAAGGAGAUGGCAGCCAAGAUCACUUUCACCAACCCCCUGCCAAAAACACUGCGGGGUGUUAUCUUCAGAGUGGAGGGACUGGGUCUGCAGAAAGGCCAUGAAGUUUUUGUAGGUGAUGUUAGUGGUCACGCCACAGUAACUGUGACUGAACACUUUGUCCCGGCCCAGCCGGGGCCCAGGAAGCUGGUGGCCUCGCUGGAUUGUAAGCAGCUCACACAAGUCCACGGUGUCGCUGACGUCAUGGUCCGGGAAAACUAAGAGAAAGACUUCCAG